AUGUUUAAAUUAACAAAAGUUAUUGCACAAAAUGCAUCUGCAUUUAGUGGUUUGGCAAAAAAUCUACGCCCCCUAAGUACCGCAGCCAUCCGAUACUCAGCAUCUGCAGUAACAGGCAGCAGCAGCUCCUCAAAUGCCGUUGCCACCAAUCCUGAUGAACCCGUACAAAUAGCCAAUCCCUUCGAAAAGGAACGUAAAGUAUGCAUUUUGUGCAAACACAACAUAACACCCGACUACAAAAAUGUCAAACUGCUGUCCCAAUUCCAAUCGCCAUAUACCGGUCGUAUUUAUGGUCGUCACAUUACCGGAUUAUGUAAACAAAAACAGGAAGAGGUGGAGAAGGCGAUACGUAGAGCCCAGCAUUGUGCCUUGAUGCCAACAUAUCACAAAGAUUUGGAAUUCCUAAAGGAUCCCAAACUAUUCGAUCCCGAGAAGCCCAUCAGACCACAUAAAUAUUAAAGGGGGAGC